AUGGAUGCUGGCUCUGAAGAGAGGGCGGCAGAGGAGAUGAAGAUCCGGAAGUUAUUCUUGCUGCACACCGGCCUGUCUACAUUCAUAUUCCUAUUUAUAGUGAAAAGAAUACUGAGUCCCUCCGUCAUGAGUCAGGACGCCUAUGAGCCUCUGUUUCAUCCUCAGCGGCAGUCGGCGACUCUCCAAGAUGAGGCUUUCUCUUAUCACCUCAAUUUGUCAUUGUUCCUGUCGGAGUACCCCCACCUGCAGACCGAUCGCUGCUCGGUCCUCCUUACACCGGAGCUGACUCGGGACCCCCCAUUACCCCUACUACUGCUGGCAGUCAAGUCCAAACCACAGUCCACCGGCAGGAGAAGUGUACUAAGGCAGACGUGGGCCAGGCAAAGGGUGGUCGAGGGCUACAUGGUGAGGCCGGUCUUCCUGAUGGCUCAGACCAAUAGUUCGGGGUUCAUGAAGCUAGUGGAGGAGGAGAGCAAGGAGUACAAUGAUAUAUUGCAGUGGGACUUUACCGAGGGGCAUCACAACCUGUCGCUGAAGGAGAGGUGCUUCCUGGAGUGGCUGCACUUCAACGUACCCCACGUACGCUAUGUGUUCAAAGGUGAUGAUGACGAAUUUGUGAACCCUUCCGCUCUGGUGCGGUACAUCAAGGAACAUGGAACCCCACGCUCCCUGCAUGGUGCGUUGCAGCAUCAUUCUAUUGUCCUCCGUUAUUCUAAAUACCAAGUCUCGACGUCUUUGUUUCCAAACCCCAAAUACCCCAAUUUCCUGUCCGGCGGGGGCUACCUCUUCCCAGGGGCCUCUCUCCCGCUCCUCUACCGGGCUUCACAGGAAAUCCCCGUCUUCCCACUGGAUGAUGUCUAUUUAGGCUUCCUGGUCCUGGCCGCCAACCUCUCCCUGACCAACGACAAACGCUUUUACGUCUGGGGGCUGAAGUUCGAUCCCUGCCACUUCCGGCAAGCGUUGGUGGUCCACGGGAUCAAUAUGGAGAACUUGGUAAAAAUGUGGGCAGAGGUCCAGGAAGCAAAGUGUGAACCUGCAAAAGCCGCGGUCAGGUGA